AUGCACAGGGAAGGGAAGCUUCCUUUGAACCUCGCUUCUGCUGCCGCUGCUGGUACUUCUGCUGCUACUGCUACCACUGCUGCCACUGCUGCUACUGCCACUGCUGCUACUGCCACUGCUACUACUGCUACUGACACUGCUAGUGCUGCCACUGCUUGCAGUGAUGGUGCUACAGCUGCUGCUGAUGAUCAUGCUACAGACCCAACACGGGCUCCUUCCCUCUCUCCUCUCCACCCCCUUCCCUCCCCUGUUCCUUCUCCUCCCCGCGCUCCUCUCCCCUCUCGUCCUUCUCCUCCCCUCUCUCCUCUCCCCCCUCGUCCUUCUCCUCCCCUCUCUCCUCUCCCUCCUCUUCCCUCUCCUGCCCGUUCUCCCCUUCCCCCUGCCGCGGCUCCUGCUGAAAUGCCACAAGCGCUGCUAACCAGGCCCAGAAGCACGUCAAGUCUAGCCAGUGCAGCUAGCGAAGGCGCUUAUAAGGGGUACAGUAUGGCCGCUGCUGGCGAGGCCACUUCUAAGGGGUAUGCAGCAGCUGCUGGUGCUGGUGCUUGCGGGUUGAACCAGAGUAAGGCAGCGGUGGGGGCUGCUGCUGCUGCAGCAGCAGCUGAAACUGGGGAUGGUGAUGGUGGUGAUUCAGGGAAAAGGGAUGGAGGAGCAGGAGGAGGAGGCGCAGCAGCAGUGGAAAUGAGUGAGGAGGAGAGGGAGAAGGAGCGAGUGAGGGAAAGAGGGAGGGAGCUAGCAGAGAGGGCGCGGAAGCAGCGGCAACAGUUUGUGGAGCGGUUGGAGAAGCGAAAGCAGAUGGCUCGGACGGGGGGGGGGGACCAGGGGAUGGGGGGGGGGAACCAGGGGAUGGGGGGGGGGAACCAGGGGAUGGGUACCAUUGCUGCUGCAGGUACCAUUGCUGCUGCAUGUACCAAACGUGCUGCUGAUGGCAAGAGAGGGAGGAAGGGCAGUGAGGGUCAUGGGUUCACUGGAGACGAAUGGGGGGGUGAAGUGGAUGGGGAAGGGGAAGGGGAGGAGGCGGAGGAGGGGUUAGAGGAGGAGGAGGUGCCGUUGGUGCAGUUGCUACGAUCACGAACUAUCGGGUCGGGAUAUGCAUGCCGAGUGUUCGAGUUGGACGAGAGUGCUGCCGCUGCUGCUGCUGCUGCUGAUGCUGCUGAUGGUGAUGCUGCUGAUGGUGAUGGCACAGCAUAUAUUGAUGGUGGUGGUGCUGAUGGUGGUGCUUCUGAUGGUGAUGCUGCCGGUGGUGGUGAUGUAUCAAAUGACAGCAAGCACGAGGCAGUCAGCAGCAGGCAUAACGGAGCAACGAAACUGGCAAAGAGAAGGAAGGAGACGAAAGCGAGGAAGGAGAGCGAGGGUGAGGGGGACAAGGUUAAAGAGGUUGGAAAGAAGGGGAGCAAAUCUGGCAAGAAGAAGAAGAAGGAGAAGGAGAAAGCAGGAGGGAGAGAAGGCGAUGAAGCACAUAUGCUCAAUCCACAAAACGAGAGUGAGGUGAGCGAGGGAGUGGGUGAGGGGGUGAGUGAGCGAGUGGGUGAGGGGGUGAGUGGGGGGGUGAAGGAGAAGAAGAAGCAGAAGAAGGAUGGGAGCAGGACCAAGGCUAAGGAGGGUGAAGAAUCUGAGGAGGUUGGAGAGGCAAAGAAGGUUGAUGAGGCGCGUGAGGAGGUUGGGGAGGAGAAGGAGCGAAGGCUUACAGGCCCAACUGUUCGGCCGCAGGAGCUUCACUUGCCGGCAGGAAACAGCGGUGCGGGUGCCUUGAUAGCCGGUCCUGUAGGGUUGGAUGGAGGGAAGCGUUGGGGCGGCGGCGGUAGGGCUUUAAGAGUCGCCAUUCCCUUGGAUAUCCCCAAUGAUGAAGAGGACGAGGAAGAGGAGGAGGAUGAGGAGGAGAGGGAGAGGGGUGAUUAUAUCGGACGUGGAUUAUUGGCACGUGGUGCUAUGUCUGCUCGUGACUAUAUGGGGCGCUCAUCAUUCACACCGGCAGCUGCAGCAGCAGCAGCAGCGGGAGGAGCACGGGCGGCGCCGGCUCUGACACCAGGCCCAGCGGCCAAUAGGAAGCUGCCACGUGGCAUGUCUCCCAAGCCAAUCAUGACACCGGAAGCCCUGGCAGCGUACUACGAGAAAUCUGGAGCCCCGGCCAAUCAGAAGACCCCUCGCAUGGGGGCAGGGCUUGGGCACUCCUCCUUGCAGCACCACUCCUUCCUGCACACCUCCUUCCAUCACACCUCCUAG